AUGCUGAGCAGCGAACCCAGCCCACGUCCCAUGUUCGCGAUGGUGUGCGUCAACAACGUGAACCUUAGCGCCGCCGCCCAUGAAAGUCUAAGCUCAGCGGGGAUGCGCGUCUAUUCCUAUGGUGCUGGCCGCCGGGUGACAUUUCCAGGGAAAACCAUCUCCGAAGCGCGCACGUUCAAGUUCCUCACGCCCUACGCGACCAUGCACAGCAUCUUGGAAAAGGAGGACGCCGCGCUAUUCACCGGCAACGGUGUCCUUCAAAUUUUGAAGCGAGACAGGCCGCUCAAGACGGCACCUGAGCGCUGGCAGAGCCUCAGCAACAAGCAGCUCAUCAGUAUCGGCGUCGUUAUGCGGAUUCGUCUGAGUUUCAAGACCAAGCAGCUCCAUAUUAUCUGCCUCGACACCGUGGACACCCCUCAGGAAGCCUUAACCGGAGGUGAGCGCGUCCUUAAGCUUUGCCGAGAGCUGAACGUGCCGGUGGACGAACUGACAGAAGGUUUUGUGAAGACAACGGUGGAGAAGUUUGAGAAGAAGCACGGCCAGCAAAAUUUCUAUCUGGGGCUGCACAUGUGCUAUCCUGCUACUGUGAGAUGCUAUUUGCUACGGUCUGCCAGUGUCCAGUGCCAGACGUCAUUGCCACAGCCCAAGACACUGGCAAUACCAGCACUACCGAUCCAACCUACAAUCCUACGCGUGUCUAUGCAUGUACUGCAUCCCGGCGUACCGGUCUGCAACGCGCUCACGUGCGAGCGGCGUGCGGAAGAUACCAAGGACUGUAUGAAGGACGACAUUGGUGGCGGUGAGCAACUGCAACUGCGUUGCAGGUGA